AUGUUGAAGUCAGUUACACGACCGGUAAAGGUGACAUCGAACCUUUUGCAACCAUUUAGGGCUUUCCACUAUUUAAGGAAGAAAUUACCAACGGUUUAUGAACCACUCCCACCAAGAAGGAAUGGGGAGAAUGUAAUGACUUAUAUACAUAGGGAACUUGUUAAGAAACACGAUCCUACAGGUAAAAGAAGCAAACUAAUUGAUUACAAGAGGGGAUUAAGAGCAGGAGAUAUUAUAAAAGUAACUUAUUUAGAUAGAUCGGAUCUUACUGGACGAGUCAUUGCUAUCAAAAGGGGACAAUUGAAUUUGGGUUCAAAUAUCUUGUUGAGAACCAAAUUGAACAAAGUUGGAUCCGAGAUUAGAGUGCCUAUUUUUAAUCCGAAUAUUAGAAAUGUUGAGGUGCUUUAUAAACCUAAAGAGUAUUUGCCCAGACGUGCUCAAUACUAUAUUAGAGGAACAAGAUAUGACAUUGACGAUGCAGAGGCAUUUGUAAAACGUCAAUAUGCGGAAAAGAAAGAAAAGGAGGUGAAGACAACGGAGAAGACAACGGAGAAGACAAGAAGAAGAAGGAAGUGA